UGUGACGUAAACCCACCUUGUUUCUAAACGCACAUGUGUAUGUGUAGGCAGAAAUGUUUUCGCUAGCUAGAGGAUGAGGAUAGGGUUUAUCAGAGGUGUUGGUUAUGGAUUAUUGUUUAUAUCCAGUCUCUCUGUCAUUUUUCAAGUAACUGUUUACAAGCGAUGGAAAACUCGUGAUGUGGUUUCCUUUAAAGCUGAAGAUAUCUCCAAAAGAGAAAAUACAUGGCAUCAUUAUGAGCAAAAACUGGAUCGAUACAACAGGAGUUUGACUACAGGCCAGAGGAUCCCGCCAGAAGAUGCUGCUGUCAUACAGAAAGUCAAUCAAACACUGUAUUUUACCUCUGACAAAGUGGAAAAUGAAACACUGGGGACUGAGUUCCUGGACUAUGGUCGCCACCAAAUUUCCUACGAAGACUUUCUUGACAAGCCAUCAGUGGAUCUGACCAAGCUCCGAACGAACUGGAGAGCAGAUGCCCGGAUCAUCCAGAAUGCCAGCAACAAGAAAAGGUUUUUAACAAUCGGCAUACCCACAGUUAAACGAGAGAAGGACGAAUACAUUCUGAACACCGUCCAGUCCAUUGUAAACUGUACCACAGAGAAGGAACUCGCCGAAAUCUAUAUCGUGGUUUUCUUGGCCGAUUUUGAUGCAAAAUGGAAGGAGGGAAUUAGUCGGCAAUUGCGUGAAAAGUUUGAAAAGAUCAUUUCGCUGGGAACUCUACAUGUGAUUCAGGCAUGGGAGUCAUUUUAUCCGCCAUUGGAUAAUUUGAAACAUACAUUCGUAGAUCCUGAAACAAAAAAGAAAUGGCGUGCAAAACAAAACGUAGAUUACGCCUUUUUGUUUUUGUACAGCGAGACUUUAGCACAGUAUUACAUUCAAAUGGAGGAUGAUAUUUAUACCAUACCAGGCUAUUUACAAGCCAUUAAAGAUUAUAUUCAUAAAUUCAGGGAGCGCUGGGUUUGCUUGGAGUUUUCUGAGCUUGGUUUUAUAGGUAAACUAUACCACUCUGAUGAUAUAAACAAACUUGCAAAAAUGGUGCUUUUGUUUUACGCACAGCAACCGUGUGAUGUGACGUAUUUGAAUUUCAAUACACAGAUGUUGCAGUUUAAGAGACACAUAAGGCGACCGACCAUAUUUGAACACGUUGGAUACCAUUCUUCACUGCCAGGAAAAGUGCAACCUUUAAAAGACCGUUUCUUUCAUUCCUAUCCCAAGACAUUGAAAGGGGACAACCCUUCCGCCAGUGUUUAUACGAGCAUGCCCUUUGAAGGCUAUUUUAACCCUGAUAACUGCUAUAGUAGAGAAAAUGGUAUAUUCUGGAGCACUAGAUCUGGCAAAGCUAACGAUUGGUUCACUGUGGCCUUCAGCGAACCACAAAUGAUAAGCAGAAUUGAGAUAGAAACGGGAACCCAUACUCACCCGCAUGAUAAAAUCCACUACGCGAAACUUGAAGCAAGUUUAGCCUCCCAGGCUAAAGGACCAGGAAAACCAGAGUGUGGUUCGAACAAACUGCUGGGGUAUUUCGAUGAUGGGAAUAUAAAAGUUGACAACGUGCAAUCUAUUACUGGUCGUCAUAGAAUACACUGUCUGAAUAUCAUUCUGACCAACAAACAAGAGACGUGGGUGAUAGUGAAAGAAAUAGCAGUAUUUAUAGCCCGUAAACGGUCUCAGUAGGCAUAAUUUGGGCAUUUCUAGUCAUACUACUUUGCUUAUGAAUUCACUUACAAUAUUACAUGUAUGUGGAGCGAUGUAAUUGGGUGUGAUCGGUCAAAAUUAAAAAUGUCAAAACAAAACAAAAAAACAAGAAGACUUGUGCCAUACCAUCCAGAUUUGCCAACAAUGAUGGCUAUUUCAAGCUUUAAUUCAUCAAAGGUUAUACUAGUCUUUAUUUAACCUAUACAGUGCAAUACUCUUGUUUUCAUUUAAUUAUUUUGUCUUUCUCGUGGAUCUUAACGAUGUUUUAAAAGUACAUGUUUAUUUGUGUACAGCCAUGUAACGAGAAAGUAGAAAAUAUGUUGAGAAAGAAGAAAAUGUUUCCGGUGAUGAUGUCAUUAUCAGUAAUUUAUGUUAAGAUAUUACAUGUAGUUACUUCUUGCCAAAAAAAAAAUCUUGUUGAUCUCUUACUUUGUAUACUAGUAAGGAGGAUAGGAAUCAGACAUUUAUGAUUUAUGUACAGGUAUACAGAGCUGUGUUUUAGAGAGCAUUCCUGUUUGUGUCCUGUUUUGCUCACCUGGACCAAUUGUUCACGUGAGCUUCUCUGAUCUCCUUUCGUCCGUUGUCCAUGUCGGUCUCUAUUUUUUUUGUUCACUUUUCCACAGACGUGACGGAGUCAAUUUCAGCUUAACUUGGUACAAUAGUCAUUGGAUAACGUUGGUUGAGGGAAAGAUUUUAAUUUCCUUUUUCAGAAUCAAGAAGCGAGUUAAAUCAAAAGUCUUAUUAAAGCUUUCUGAUAUAUACUAGGAAAUGUAUACCAUAUAAACACAGAAUGUUCUUCUGAAGAAUAUUACUGCUCCAAGUUGUAAUAUUAUUGUUGAAGCAAGCUACAUGAAUAUACAUGUACGUUUACAGAUUUAAGUAAACAUGUAAUAGAUCCCCCUGGGGUAGGCUGGGGAAAUGUAAAUUGUCAUAAGUAAAUGAUAUUUAUUUCGACAUUUUUGAACAGUGAUUGAAAAAGUACUAACCUAGACAAGCUCAAGUUUAAUCUAAGUCUUAGUUUUACAGAAGGAAUAUACAGUGUAAAAGUGAGACUGAGAUUAAAUGAGAGGUCAUCUAAGUUUUAAGGGACUGGUGAGCGACGUGGCCCGUAAUCUUUUAUUUUAACUUGAAUUUAUAUAUAUGUAUAUAUUAAUGUAUGAUGAGACUGUGUCUAAUGUUAUACUCUGUCAGUUAAAGCAUGGUUUAGACUAUUUUUUACAUUCAGUUGAAUUGGUUUUUAAAUUACGAACUGUUACAUAUAUCCAAGUUUUUCCUUGUUAUUUCAAUUCAAAUUCAUUUCCCUUUGAUAUUACGAAGUAUGAACCGAUCUCAAUUAGGAAGAUUUUAUUUGAAAGAAAGAAUCUCCAUAAAGGUUUACUUAGUAGUACAGGUUAUAUGCAUUGUAUAAUAAACUUAAAAUUGACAAUUAUUAUAGUUAAAGUUUAAAUGAACGUGUGAACGAAUUUUAAGGAGAAUGUAUAUUGUUAUAAUGGGUGCUCUUGAACGUGAACUUGAGGUCAACCACAUAUUUAUAAGUAGAAAUUGAAGUAGUAAUUGAACUCUGUGUUUAAAUACUUUUUUCAUGAUGAAAUAAUUAAGAGUUGUUAGGAGUACCUAUACAUGAGCAUAAUUGUUAUAACACGUAGACUGAAGGUAUAAGGGUAACGUACGCAAAAUUAAAAAAAAACAAAACACUUAAAUAUUUUGUAUCGAGGAAAUGUUUGCUUGUUAGCUGUUUCCCGGGAAACCAAGGGAAUUAUUUACUACAUGUAUCAGUACAUAAUCUGAAGCUUUGAAUAUUUAUAGCAAUUAUUCCAAGAGGGUGGGGAAGUUGACCAUCAACAGCAUUCAAGUUGACCAUCAACAGCAUAAAAGUUGACCAUCAACAGCAUACUUUUUUUUGGGGGGGGGGGGAGAUUUGUAGUGGUUAACUUUCCGACAUCGGGGCCUAUACAAAAACUUCUUAUAUAUUCUGAUUUUUAGCGUCUCUGAUGUUGACACGUUGGAUUGUCAUAAAUGUAAUGCUGUUUAAAUAUUACCCAUGAAAUCCACGAUUAUUUUCGAAUAAUUUUCGAAUAAUCACCAGCUUUUACUAUCACGGUGCUUUAGAAAACAGAAUUUGCUUUAUAUAUGUAGUUGUAUUUUAAAGACAAUGCUGCUAAUUUGUGUUUAAUUACGUUUUUGUCAUUCAGUGACUGAUUCUAUUAAAUCACGAUAUUUAUGAAAUAAAAAAUGUUGAUUUAGAUACAAA